AAAAACUCAGGACUCCAUUGUCAAGUGCAUUUUAGUUUUUAUUAAAGCCUGAAGAUAUGCACUCUCUUAAUAUAUAUGAACAAAGUUAUAUACAAAAUUGAAGCAAUGUGUGUGUGCAGCAAAAUACUCUUUUCUCAUUUGCUGUUUACGCAGCGCUCUCUUCGUUGCCGCCUUGGUGUCAGGCCUAAACUCAUGUUGAAACUCUCAGCCUCAGUCAACGUUGGCGCUCGCUACUGCUCGUCGCUGUGGCUACGUCUGUGGUCAGAAUUGUUGUGAUAAAUAAAUGUGGAUGUGGCUAGGGCUGCGGCUUUUCUGCCGCUCCAAUCGACCCCUCACCAGUCACCCAACAACUCAGAGUGUAUGGAUUGAGGCACAGUUGGAGAUGAUAUGGGUUAGCUUUCGCUGUUGGCUCAUUCGAAUGGCUGUUUCGAUGGUCGCACUGCACAGCAGUCUGGUCGUCCAUUACUGUAUUGCCAGUAGUCACUCCAGUGGCUUGCGACUCGCCGACUCGCCAGUUCGACACCGAAUGUACGCGCUCCGCUGUCUGCGUUACUCAACCACCAAAAGGCGACCACAAAGACUGUCAGACAUCAGAACGACGUAGCAGUCGAACUCCAGCAAAAAGUAAAAAACACCCGUUCGCUGUGAGUCUUCACGGCACGAUACGUCACCGCGCUGUUCACACAGAUACAGAUAGCUAGCCAGGCAGAUACAAUACGGUACGGAAGAUACGGUAACGAAGCGCUGUUCGCAUUGUGGCGUGAUGACGAGGUUCGAAACGAUUUACCGUCGCUAAAACACAAUCGCUCUUUGGUGUUACGAAAAAAUAUAUUUCAUAAAACAUCAAUCCAAUUUUGUUGUGAAAAAGUGUAAAUAUAAGCAAUUCAUUAAACUACAAGAAAAAUAGCGUUUUAAUGAUGCAUACAAGUUUAUUUGUUUGUGAUAGAAACAUCAGUUUUUACUGAAUACAAAUUUUUUACAAGAAAAUGUGCUCCAAAAAUAAAAUUCCAAAAAAAUUGUGUAAACGAAUAUUUGCAAAAAAACUCAACAUCAUUACCAUUACUAGAAUUCAUACUAUUCUAGCUCACCAUAUGAACAACAAAGUGCAAAAUAUAUUGAAGCAGCACAGAAAAAACGUCCCCUAAAAAGACACCAAUAAAGCCCGAGAACGCAACCAAACAGCACUUACAUAAGCAAGCGGCCGAAUGGAGCUCAUCACUCCUUGCCAGCGACAUUUUAAAAACGACCAACGACAACUCCUGCGACGGUGGCAGCAAAGUCACACUCCCUACCACCCACCUCCUCAGCGUCAACAACAUACGCCAAUGACGACGCUUUCCAGUCCUCACCAACUUCCCACCGCCAACGUCGGUCGUCUUUGUCAAUUCUUAGUUUUUUCCUCCCGUGUUGGUUGGCGACUCUUUUGCAUUUCUCAGCCUUGUUGUUGUUACUCUUGAUUAGGUGGUGGUGGUGUGAUGUGGGUUUUUUAUUCCUUUACUCGCUGCUCAGCCGCUGCGCUGCCGCCGCCACUGUCACUGCUGCUGUCGCAGUUGUCGCACUGGCAUUUUUAUGGAGUUUUUUCGUCGUCUCUCUUCGUAAUUUUGUCGUCGAGUGUCAUUGGCUGAGUCGUAUUCGCUGGUGUUUGUGUUGUUUUAUUGUUGUGUUUUAGUAGGUGGAUAUAUGGCAAAGCCCUUGUCGGGCGCUGAACAUUGGGAGCUGGGAACUGGGAGCUGGUAGCCGUGCUAUGGGUGUUAUGUAUUUCAGUUUCGUGAAUAGCCAGGGUGUGUAUAUGUGUAUGAGUGAGGUCUUAGAGUGCGAAUGCGGGCAAUUUGCAUCCAUGUGUGUGCGCGCGUGUGUGCGUUUGCAGGCGUGCUGAACAAAUAUAUGGAGAAAUAUGCAAGUGCCUGUGUAUGGUGGUGAAGCAUUAGCGAGUGCCUUACUGAGUGUAUGUGUGUGCAUGUGUGGGUCUCGGCGACUCUGGUCGGGUAUUGUACAAAAGUCGCAAAUUCAAUGGCGACACAGCAGCGAAGAUGACAACGACAACGACAAUUGGCGAUGAGAAUAAGAACGACGAAACGAUAAUGUUGCCGAUGACCGCCGUAAUUGUUGCUGCACUUGUUGUUAAUAAUGCCUGCUGGCAAGUUUUCGAGUUUCGCUUCCAACUACGGCAGUGGCCUGCAGAAUUCCGCGAAGCAUUUAAUAAACUGAAAAAUGGAAUAAAACCGAUAUUAAACAAAUACUAACUAAUAAGAACUAGAAGUUUGCUAAUUUUCUCUUUUCGCUAAUCGCAGCCACAUGUUCAUGUGAGAACUAAAUAUAUAAAAAAUAUUGAUAAUGAGCAUAGAAUAAAGUGAAAAUCGAUCUAAAAGUACAUUAAAAUGAAAGUACACACAAAGUCAUGUAAAUAUGUAUGCAUAGAUAUAUUUAUGUUCGCUUGGCUUACGAAUAUAGAUCUACUGCUAAUGCUUCAUUUGAAAAUCUCAGUGCUGUGAUUUGAAUAGUUUUUUAUUGAAGAAAAUAAUCAUAAUUAGAAAAAGAGUAACGUUAUCUCGCUAAACUGGCAACUAAUGCUUAAUGAUAAAAAAUACUUGCAGAGAAUCGGUCACUACAGUACUGAAGCUCAGCGAUUAUAGUGUUGAAAAGUGAAAACAACUGAAACAGCUCAGCAGCGGAAUUUCGUUUUCUAACAUUGCUCAACUUUGGAGAUAUAAACACGGGUUCCUUGAACAGAUUUCAUCAGCAGUGCAACUGAACCUUGAGUUUUCUUAGCUGCGAGAGGCGACCGAUUCGCCAUGCCGAAUCCGUGCGCUUUGGUGUAUUCGACUUGCAUAUUCAGCGACUGCUUCUGUAAAAGCAACGACCUAGGUUACAUCGGCGGGCAAGAUCUUCUAGUCUUUACUACAACUGCUAAUACGCUAAUCUGCGCAAAACGGCGACUUAAUGAAUAUUAAUCAGGAAAAUUGCAACAACGGAUUCCAGCAGCGACCUCCAGAACACCAAUAUCCGCCAGCACAACACUACUCGCUUUCACUACAGCCGACGUUACAUCAGUCAGUAUCUGCUGCUGCCGCUGCCGCUAUCGAUACCGGACCGCACUCGCUCUCGACCAACUCACAGCUGCAAGACCUCGAGCUUGAAUAUUUGAAGAAGGCGCACGCUCACGCUCAAGCCCAUGCUCAAGCACAGGCCGCCGCUCUUGUUUACAACUACGAGAGACAGCAACAACAUCAACUGCAACAACAACAGCAAGCGCUAGGGCGACGUUCAAGUGGGGAUCACGAGUUUCCCAUUAAACGAAACACCCAUCAUAAGCAUAAUUUAGCAAUAACGACGUCAGCUUCUAUGGUUAUGUCACCGAGUCGACGUCCGUCGCCGCCGCGUGCAGUUGCGCAUCCACUGAAUAUGCAUAUGAGUUCUUUGGCACAUGCGCAGAUGCAGCUUCAGUCCCAGUUGCAUCAAAAGUUUUCGGCAGCAGUUGCCGGUGGCAACAACCUGACGCCGACAAAUCAUUUGACCACUUACUUUCGAAACCAGACUUCCCCAGCUUGUGGCAUACCGCCCUUGCCUCCACUCCCACCAACUUCCAGCGGGAGCACAGCAAACACGCAGCAGCAACACUCACCAGCGAAUUCGGUCAACGCGAGUGGGAGUAGCCCUGGUGGCAACCUUCAGCAAUCAGCUAAUUCGAAGUCUUCGCACAAUCAGCACAACCCGCUAAGUCACUUGCAGAGCAUGCAACCAUUCGACUUUCGCAAGAUCAGUUCGGCAGCUUUUGGAGCUAUGCCAUCGCUGCCGCCAGCACGCAUGAGCCCCAACGAAAUUGCACAUCAUCAACAUUUACAGCAGCAAGCAGCUCAGCAAGCCGCAAUGUUAGCGCAAGCGCGUCGUCGCAUAAAUGAAGCUUCCACUCCAUCAGAGAAGAAUGCCGCGGUCGCCGCAGCUGCCGCUGCUGCAGCCCAAAGUAAUCAAUUCUUCAAUGCGAUGGCUAUAUCGGGACACCCCUUGCCUUUUCCUUUACCUCCACCGCCCCCACUGCCUACGCACGGGCCGCCGGGCACAUCCCCAUCGAGUGUGCCGUCAGCAUCUAGCUUACCUCCGGGUUUAACUAGUAACCAAGUGGCAGCUAUAGCGGCAGCGGCUGCAGCUUCUGGCAACCCGAUGCCUCACAGUCUUCUGGCAUCACAUUUUCCCACUAUGAAUCCUGUCCUAAACAUGGGAAAGCCACCAUCCGUACGAUCUAAGUCUCCAGAAACUGAAGAAUCGAAGCAUACGUUACACCGGUCAGACAGCGGAAAUAUGGGCCAUCUACGCGAAGGUGGUAGUGCGGCACAUGCACAACACCCAAACUCUAAUCGUCAUCAUCAUCAUCCCGUAACGCCACCCAUUUCCAUAGGCUCCACGGCCAUCUCUAGUUCAUACCAAAGUCAACAUCAUGAAGCCCGUCAAUCGCGUUCAAGCCAAAUGGAACACUCAUCCUCUCACUCCUCACAGCGACUUACACGAUUUUCUGCCAGUUCUAGCCUACGACCCGGACGAAAAUCUCAUUCACCGGGCAAACGUCAAUGGGGCACAUUGCCUGCUAACUUGGGAACACAAUUUAUCAACCCAGUUACCGGCAAGAAACGUGUACAAUGCAAUGUCUGUUUAAAGACUUUCUGCGACAAGGGCGCGCUGAAGAUACACUUUUCAGCAGUACAUUUGCGAGAAAUGCACAAAUGCACGGUUGAUGGGUGUAGUAUGAUGUUUAGUUCUCGUCGGUCUAGAAACCGUCAUAGCGCUAAUCCGAAUCCGAAACUGCAUUCUCCUCACCUUAGACGCAAAAUAUCACCCCACGAUGGACGUACGGCCCAACCGCACCCACUACUAUUACAACCGCCCAAUGGACUUAUGGCUGGUCUCAAUCCAUUCGGCACUUUUCCGUUACUGACGCCACCGCCCGAUAUGAGACACCAUCAUAUGGCCAGCAUGCAUGAUAUGAAGCAUGGCUCAGCUGAAUUAAUGCAUCGCUCUUAUAUGGACAAUGCAAUGUUGGGACAGUACAAUACACGAUCUCGCCACCGCCAAGACAGCGAAAGUCAUUUAGAGGAUGACGAGGACGACAGCAUUUUGGAUGGGGGCAUUCACAUAGGAGAUGAUGAUGACGAUGAUGAUGAUGACGACGACGGCGAGGGUAUAGUAGUGGUGGGAGAUGAAGCCGACAGUAUUUUAGAGAAAACGAACUCAGAGGACUACAACACUGAUGGCGAUGGCGAUGGCGAAGGCGACGAAGCUACCGACAUAGGUGAAAAUAGUCACGAUAUGGAUCUCACCACAUCUACACCUACAACGACUGACUAUAAGCAAAAAACCAAAGAUGCAUCUUCCAAUAAAGAACAAGGCGGUGACUGUGGCAUGGUCGUUGAGUCAGGUGCAACAGAUCAACACAGUAGUGAGAGUAACGAUGACUCUUUGAGUGUUGCGGAUUCCUUCAGUAUGCGCGGUGAUUACGAAAGUUAUACAUUUCCGGGCAUAGGCAGUGGAGGCAGUAACAGUACCGCAAAUACACCAAGCUCAACGUCAAACAAAAGAAAACGUAAAAGUCAGAACCCAGUUCGAUGUACAGUGCAAUCUGAUGAAAAUUCCUGUGAUAACUCUACUGAAUUCGAUGUAGCCGCCGAUUUAUCACUGAAAAAAGCUUCACCAAAAACACCUUUUGCAAAUAAGGAAAACAAGGCUGAUGGUUCAAAAGAAAAUACAUCUUUAGAUUUAUCAAAACGAACUCGAAAAUCUCAAAGUCCUGAACCACCCGUAGCUAACUCAAAUCCUAGUGAGAGUACGAAAGUACUUCCAUCACCACCGCUAACACCAUCGACAUCGCUUAGUGAACCUACAUCAUCGGCACGCCCACAUCUAUUGCCCAGCACACAGCUGAAAUCGGAGCCAAUCGACGAAGACUACGAACAACAACUAGAAACUCAGAAUGGCUCCAACACAACAGCAGCUCAAGAACAAGAGCAUUCAUUAGACUUAUCAGCUAGCAAUAAGCGAAGUUCGGAGCAUAUGGUGGAUCCACCAGUUUCGAUAACCAAAAGUUCAGAUGAUAAUGAGAAACUAAUUACCUCGAUUAAGCAGGAACAAAUAGAAGAAGAGCAUACAAUAACAGCCCCAAAUGCAAAUUCGAAUCGAAAUGAACAUUGUUCAGUGAAAAUAAAAAGUGAGCUGGUCGAAGAGGAGAGCAAAUUGGACAUAUCAACCACGGAAGCAGCAUGUCAAAUCAAAAACAAUAACAACAAUGUCUUACAAUCAAAUGCGGGCAUCAAGUGUAGGGAGAAAUACGACAUCCCAACUGCGCCAACCGAUUCCCUGCACCAGCAAUCCAUCCAAGAAACCAAUGGAGAAAUGUUACCAGAAGAGACCGAAGUACCGAUUGACAAAGAUAACCCACUCAAAUGCACGGCGUGCGGUGAAGUAUUCCAGAAUCACUUCCAUUUAAAAACACAUUACCAAAAUGUGCACCUGAAGUUGCACCAUAAAUGCAACAUUGACGGCUGCAACGCUGCCUUCCCUUCGAAACGGAGCCGAGACCGCCACAGUUCCAAUUUGAAUUUACAUCGAAAAUUGCUGUCAACGGGCGACAACCACCACCACGACUCUCUGCCCGAACAUAUGACAACGAAUAGUAAUAAGAGCUUCGACGGCGCUAACAACCCGAACUGCGGCGUAGCCAAUUCAAUUCAAGCUGAGUUUUUAGCUCGUCUUUAUGCUGGCUCACACGGUUUACCGCCAUUGAACUUUGAUGCUCUGAAACAACAUUUACCGGCACCGGUUACACAUGCACAAAACUUUCCAGAGGCAACUUUUAUGACAGAUCCACGACUUUUACUCAGUCAUCCAAGUAAUCCAUUGCUCUUCCCUGGCCUAACCGGGCUUCCAGGAUUCCCCCACUUAGCACCUCACUUAUUAGCUGCGCCAUUCAAUGGCCUUAAUCCAUUUUGUCGUCGGCCUUCAUCCGAGUCGCACUCGCCACACUCCACGCCACCACCUGCAAGUACGUUGCGUUCACCACACUGCUCCCCGCACAGCAGCGGACACCAACCAUCUAAAACCUUGUCCGAACGAUCCUACCAAAAUUCACCGACGGAUUGCGACGCCAGCACAGGAUCACCGAGCGUCCCCGAAAAAAGCCUUGCGAAAGCGUCGACGGCAAGUGCAACACAUCUGCUUCCACCCCCACCACAAGGUCAAACGUCUGAUCGAAUAUCAUGACCAUAUGCCACACGCUUUGCAGAAAUGAUUUCUUAUCGACAGUGAUCACUCGACUGCCGAUAUACAUGGGGCAGGCACACAGUCCGCUGAGCUGCAGUGCAGCAUGCUGGACCUCAAAUUUACCAACACCAGCAAAGUGGACAGACAUCAACAAUAAACUAGCUUACAGCGAGGAUAAAUAGCUCAAUAAUUUAUUUUACAAGCGUAAGAACACACACACACACAAUCACAUAAAGGCACACGAAUAAAUAAUAAUUUAGCCAAUAGUGAGUAUUGAACGUAGUUUCUAGGGUCCGGGGAAGAUGCACUCUCGCGUAUUUUGCCACAAGAGAUGGUGAAUUAUAGAAUCACGUAUUAAUCUAGCAAUAAGAAUUGAUCAAAACAAGUACACAACUACAUCCACACAAAUAUAUAUGUAUAUAUACUGGUCCUUGAGUGGGUUUCAUUCAAUCUGAUGAAUAAAAAGAAGCCUGAUUCAAACACACAUACAUAUGUACGUACAUACAUACAUGUAUCGGUGCUAAAGCUUUCCUAACUUAUUCCUAACUACUUCCACAUAUUCGGAAGAGCUUUAGAAAAUCCACUUUUAUUGAAAAGAUUCGAAAUGCCUGCAUUUCAAUUUUAUAACUGCAAAAACUAGAAGAAAUUUCAAUACCAGAAACCGUUUGGUAACUGGGAAAAGUAAGAUAUGGAUCCACCAAAUUGUAGAAAAUGGAACUGUUCCAUUAGUUACCUACAAACCGACACAGUUACAUGUAUGUAAGCGUAUACAUAUAAUUUAAAAAAAAAAUUCAGUGUAAAUCUGAAAUUGUGGCGGACCAUAGGGUUGUGCUUGUACAAUCGACUUGUAAACAGCUUUGUUAAUUAAUAUAUCUACAAAUAACUAAAUAUAUACAAUUAUAUAAUAAAACACAUACAUACGUACAUCAAAUCGUUCGUAUAUAUUAUUAUUUGAUUCGAAACAAAAUGGUUUUUAUAUAAAAUUUUGUUGUCACACGAUAACGCUAAGCUCUAGUUAAAAAUUAUGUUGUAUAAUCUAUAGUUUAAGUGUAAUAUAUUGAUAAUUAGAAAAUAUUGAAUUUUAUGCAAUAAAAUCUUUAACAAAAUAAUUGAAA